AAUUAGUAAAUCAACAUAAACGGCAUCAUGAUUUUGUUUCAUAAUGUUUGUUUUUUCUUUAUAUAAAAAAAACACCUUCAAUACACAAUAAUCUGUGAAUAUAGAUUGCGUAAUAAGGUCUAUAGAGAUAAAACACAUUUUUAAUUAAAAUGUUUUUCAAAUGAUUAUUUAAUGAGCAAUUUAAUUAACACAAAAUUUUAAAGAAGUUUUAUCAUUAUUCAAAAUGAUUCAGUGCAAGAAUGUUUUAGUGUUAUAUGUAGGUGGUACUAUUGGGAUGCAACGAAAUGAACAUGGAGUAUACGUUCCUGUACCGAAUGCAUUGUUUCAAAAAAUCAAAGAUUCUGAUAUGCACGAUUUUUCCCUAGAAAAUCAUUUACCACUAAAUUUGAGGCAUGAUGAAUUGGUUUUACCACUUUUUGGAUCAACAGCAGUUGUAUACAAAAUUGAAGAAUACAAAGUUUUAUUAGACUCUAGCAACAUGUCCACUGAGGAUUGGAUAAGGAUUUCAAAAGACAUUGAAAAAAACUACUACAAAUUUGAUGGAUUUGUUGUGUUACAUGGGACAGAUACUUUAGCCUUUACUGCUUCGGUUUUAUCAUUUAUGUUGCAGAAUCUUCAAAAACCUGUUAUAAUUACUGGAUCACAAAUUCCUAUAUUUGAAACAAGAAGUGAUGCAAAAGACAACUUUUUGGCUUCUUUAAUUUUUGCGGGCUGCUACGAUAUACCUGAAGUUUGUGUGUGUUUUGCCAAUAAACUACUCAGAGGCAACAGAACAACCAAAAUCAGUUCGAAUUUAUUGAAUGCUUUUGAUUCACCCAAUUAUCACCAUUUGGGAAAUGCUGGAAUCGAAAUCCGAUGUAAGAAUUUUCAAGAAUCUGCACUAAAUAUAAAGAGGGGUUUUGUUUUAGUGCAUCAACAUUAUAUCCGUAAGAAAUCGUCUUCUAAUGGGUAUUUUGCAGUGAAUACUUCUUUGAAUUGCAAUGUUGGUACCCUUACUUUUUUUCCAACUAUAACUAGUUCACAGCUAGAAUCAUUCCUAAAACCUCCUACAGAAGGCCUAGUACUGCAAACUUACGGUGCAGGCAACAUACCUUCAAACAACAUAAAAAUACUACAGGAAGCAGUAAAUAGAGGCGUUAUAAUUGUAAACGUGAGCCAAUGUUCCAAAGGGGCUGUUUGUGCAGACUACGAAGCAGGAAAAGUAAAUUCCUGAUCCAAAAAUUUCAACUAAGUACUCCAAAGUUUGAAUAUUUUUAGAAACUGGAAGAAAUUGGUAUCAUUUCUGGUUGCGAUAUGACUUCUGAAGCAGCCUUAACGAAGCUCAUUUUUGUUUUAGGACAACCAGGAACUUAUGAAUCUAGAGUCAAAAUGCUGAAAUUGAAUCUUUGUGGAGAGGUUACUACAGAUGAGGCAAAUAGUAAUUACUUAUGAUGUUUAGUACAAUUAUUAUAGUCAGUUUGUGAAACUCUCUUAUAAUUUAUUAGGUACUAAAAAUCUUAAUACAAAGUUAUAAAUAAAUAAAUAAUUAAAUCUAAAUA